UCCCCCGGUAGCCGUUCCAGAGUGCCAACCAGUAUCGUCGUGAACGUUCUCGGAGAAACAUUACGGAGCAGUCCCGGUUUUUAAAGUAUUCGGACGUUCCGCGCGCGCAUUCUCUGCCUUCUAUUUUCUCGAUACUUGAACUUUGGUGUGUUGUUGUGUGUGCUGACGCCUCGAGUGAGUGAAAGUAUUUCCGCAACGGGGGUUUGGGAGCGAUUUGCCAUUUUGGCAAAAUGUUGUUGCCCUUUUCGUUAUCCUUUCUGUUUUCGUUUGGUAGCGCGUAAGGAAUCUGGGUGAGGACUUUCCACAAGGCUUCAAUCGGUGGUUCAUCUCCCGGGGGACGGGUUCUCGAUGCAAAAUGCAAUUUUGGUAGCCCAGCCAGGCGAGAUAAUUGAGUUUUGCUGUUUGGCGCCUAUGUUUUUUUUCUGUUGGUUUGUGAAGUUCAACGUUCGGCUGCUGUCUUUUAGAGUCGAAUUUGUGAAGCUAGUGAUGGUUUGUUGAGGAUUGUGGAUAAUUUCCUCUAGUCAACGUCCGGAAAUUGAAUUCGGUUCCGGGCAGAAAAAAUUGGCAAAUUGGAUCUCGAUCGGUUCGGGACCUGAUCACUUUUUCUCGAGGAGAAGGUGUGGCAAAGGGUCGGGGUGAAUGUAAGGCGGUGGCUAAAGUGUAAUGUAGUACAACGCAACGAUGUGACGAAGGUUUCUAUAUCGGCAUUUUUGCACGAAACUCGUGCGCUGGAGCCUUUCGAAGGCGUGAGUAAGUGAGCAAGUGAAUGUGGGAAGUGGAGCAAACAGGCAAAAUUUGCCAAUGUGUUAGUGUUAUUGAUGCUGUGAUAACCGACCCCCCAGCCUCAGUGCAAAAAACACACACCAGCCUGAUUCCCGAAAACUACGGUUCGUGAACGGUCUUCUUCCUUACUCUGAACGUGAGUGAAAACAACAACCAGGAAGUAAAUUGCUACUCUAAACUCUCACUUGAGUGAAAGUGUUCCGUAUCAGCAAAAACACCUAUUCCACCAGAUACAAGAUGGACAGUUCCCCGGAUUUGUCCCUAAAGCUGCGGCGAGGUUCUAGUGAUUCCCGAGAUUCCUUCUACAUGGACUUUGCCCAAGGAAUCGACUCGGACAUAGACGAUGUGGGAACUGGGGCAGUGCCUCCAGCAGUUGAAACGCCAUCGACAGCCGGUGGCAGUAUUGCCACUCCCAGCACCCUGGGUCCGGUAACGGCUAGCAGUACGGCAAGCAUUCCGGAUGUGACGGUCAUGUCUGCCUGUGGCACUUCCCAUCAUUCCGGUGCCGGCAUCAUACCGGAAGAUCCCGAGGAUCUGGAGGAGGAUCAGGACGAUUCCGGGGAGCUGGAACCGGUUCCGCCGCCCAUGCCGGAUCUGGCAGAUCAUCCGUCGAUGAGUGCUGGAUUUACGCUACCGAUUUUACCCCCUCUACCCACGUUAGAUAUAGAUGAAAGGGAAAUGGAUCUGCCAAAUCAACCGAUAAUGCCAUCACCUUCGGUUCCUCAGAACGCCAUCGUGUCGCCAGAGACCUUCAGCAAUCAUUCGUCUCCAGCGCAAUCUUCUCAACACCUGGUGGCUUCUAGCUCAAUACCAAAUGUAGCCCAUCAAAUAGAAGCACAAUCACACCCCCAACUGGCCCAGGAUUUCACCGCCCUCAACCUGGACGAUUCCCGCGUCAGUUCCUCUAUCAGCACUCAACCUAACCUAGGGUCCUCUUCGACUUCAUCGGCAUUCCAACGAAUUCACACUCCAACGACGAUUAGCGCCAAAACCAAUCAGGUGAUGAUUGCUCCCGGAUUCGGAGGCAGUGGAACCUCCCCUUCGCUGGGGAGUCAUCCGGGCGUCCUGCCGUCGCCAUCCAAUGUCACCCGGCAUCAGCCGACGUCCUCCCAUCAUCACCAGCAGAGUCCAACGGGAGCAACGACAGCCACGACCCAACAUCUGGCGGUGCUGUAUCAUUCCUCGCACCAUCACCAUCUGCAUCCGAUUCUCAACACCACCAGGAGGCCGUCCAGACUGCCGGAUCCGAUUUACUACCAGCAACCGCGGGAAAUCAAACCCGGUGAAGCAUUGGCUACAACCCUAUCGGCACUCUACGGGAAAUUACUGGUGGUGAUGGGAAUCGCUUUUCCCAUGGCCGAAGUCAUCUCCACUUACAUUCCGCCUUCGUUUUAUGAGGGUUUCUAUCUCUAUCUCUAUAUUGGAAGUAUGAUGUUCCUGUUCUUCAUGUAUACCACCUUGAUUUGGGGUCGACCGAAAACACCUGUCGCUUCACCUGUGGAAAAACCUACUGGGAAGAAGAUUAUACGAAGAACGAGUACGGGCUGUUCGACUACCGACAGUGGAGAACGAUCGGAUAGCGAAAACGAUACAACUGCCAGUUCGGAGCCGAAGGUGAUGAUCCCGAUGCGGAGGAUGUCGUUGGCGUCGGCCAUGGCUCAGUCUCGGAUACAGCAUUUCGGAAGUUUCUACCUAAGGAUGGGGGCAGUCGCAUUCGGAAUCGGAAGCAUGAUAUACUCGGGCCUGGAAUUCGGUCAGUACUUUGAGCUGGAACGGGAUACCAAAUGCCACAACGUGCUACUAGCGCUGACACCGGCAACGAGAAUGGCAUUCAUCUUCAUCCAGAUGUAUUUCAUCUUUCUCAACAAUGAGCAAAUCAAAGUAUAUCGGCACAAAAUUCUGGCCCGCUUUGGACUGAUGCAUAUGAUUGGGACCAAUCUGUCGGUGUGGUUUUCGGUUUUGAUUCAGGAAACGAAGCAUGAAAUUUUAACUUUCUACAAUCCGGAGAACCGAACAUUGAAGAUCUCGCAUCGAUUGGGAAAUCGUCCAUCUCUUCCCCAUCCGGUCGAAACGGUAGCCCAUCUUAGGGUAGCGCGAGGUCUCAAAGGUCCUCACAACAUCUUUGAGUGCCGGCGAACGAAUAUUAUUGGUACUUUGGUGCAAGACGCGUCUCCGUUUCUGUUUCCAUGUACCAUCGAGUACUCGUUGAUCUGUGCAGCUAUUCUGUACGUGAUGUGGCGCAGUAUAAGCCGACCUCAAACCGAACAGCCUCAGCGGCAGGAGAGUGUCCAUCCGUUGAAGAGAUCUCCGCAUCACUACUCGGUGGAUUGUGCUGGAGCUCAUAAAGGACUGUUCAUUGGGAUUCUCAUUCUGGUACUCACGAUCAUAUCGUUGAUUCUAUUCUUCGUUCUCAUCUCUCGGCCUGAGUUUGUUUCUCUGGCCGUUACGGAGGUUAACAUCUGCGAAUUGCUGCUUUAUGGGACUACUACGGCAGCAACUUUGAUAGGGAUGAUCCAGGUGCGGCACAUGCAAUAUGAUGCAUUCAGGAGUUUCAGCUUGGAUGACAUUCUUCUUGUGGGAGGUCAAACGGGAUCUUUCCUCUACAGUACCUUUACAGUUAUUGGUGGCCAGUUCAUGAUGCGACGAGAUACGGUUCUGGUCCUGAUAACUGCCCUAGCAUCACUAGUCGAAACCGCUUGCCAAACGAUGUUCAUUCUUGACGCUAGUCGACGUUCAGCUGCCACCCAGGAGCACAUCAGGAAGAAACCGGGCAGGGAAAUAGUAACGUUCCUUCUGGUCAGUAAUUUGGCCAUGUGGGCCAUCAACACCCUGGAAAAGUCUCGAGCCGAAUCGCAUCCUAUCCAGUUACACUUUUAUGGCCUCUGGGCUUGGACAAUCAUCACCCACGUUUCGAUGCCUUUGGCCAUCUUCUAUCGUUUUCAUAGUACGGUGUGUCUCUGUGAAAUUUGGAAACGGGCGUACAAAAUGAAGCCGGCUUACAUGUAAUCUAAUACCGGACUCGUUGUCAAAGUUCACGGAAGCUGAAAUUCUUGUUCUCAAAUGUGAUUGGAAGUGCUGCGCACUUUGCCGUAAACCAAAAGAAACAAAAAAAAAAUACUCGUUAGUUAUUCCCUUUUCCCCAUUCACUCACUUAUCGCAUUUAAGACAGGGUGAAAAUCCUGGAAACCCGCUCAACUAUCGUCAUAUUAUUGCCGUUUACACUUUCUGAAAACUAUUUAUGCUGAUGGGACGCAAAGGACCCACUUUCAUACUCAACCAACCAACCAACUAACCAUCUCUCGUAAUCGUUCCACUAACUGUAGAUUGAAACAAAUCUCGUACCUAUUUAAUGUUCACCCAAAAAAAAAAACUAAUACAAAAUCAAAAAACGCAAAUCGAAUCAAACAUGUUGGAUGUAACUGGUGAAAAGUAUGAACAAAAUGCUGCCAUAAACGGAAAACAGACAAACGUCAAACAAAUCUAUGUAAAAAAUGUACCUUUUUGAGGAAUUUUACUCCGUUUUCAAGAAAUAAUGCUCGAUAAGGAAUUAUUCUUUUUAAAGAUCACGCUGCAGGACCCACCGGAUUACACAAACGCACUUCAUUGAACCAAUGUUUUGAUAUGUCAAUUUUGACUCACUUUUUAAUGCUUCAGUGGUUUUUCUACAUCUUUUUGUAAGACAACAAUAAAACUGGAACAUUUCAGUAGGACCAUAAUGUUUAACCAUAGGAACUUCUCGUUGAUUGACCAUCGACUAAUUGUAGGCAGUGAUGUGAUGUGAUCUAAUAGGGAAAGCCAAUAGAAAGUUUAUUUAUCGUAUGACCAGAGUACCGGCUCUCUAUUGGGUUACUAGUUUAGUUUGAAAAUUUUCAAUGCUUUAGAAUUUUAUUUGAUUCUGAUUCAUUAUAAAUUUAGUGAAAUAUGUAUGUACAGUAUGUAGGACACAAAGCGCAGUUUUUUCUCGAGCAUAAACCAAAGACUAUUUUGUAAAACACCAUUUGAUGAGAUGAACUAGACUAUGGAAUGCUUUUCACAAACACGGUCAUCAUACUUAGAGAACUUUCCAAUGCGUGGUACCAAAGAUAUUUAAGUAUCAAAAUAUAUAAAAAAAAUUUGGAGAUGCCAACACGAUGUUUAUGGUGCUGCCUCUCUGUGAGAUGGGCAAUGCUUGAGAAGAAAGCUUUGCAGCUUUCUUCUCAAGCAUUGCAACUUUUCAUCCAAGCAACGCGUAAGUCGUUGAUGGGAAAAUGCUGGAAAAAUCAUGGCGUUCAAAAAAAAUUCGAUUUUUGUUUGGCUCCAUUUUCCUGCCAUGAUACUAAAUUUGGCUUUUGUUGAUAUUCGCUUAUGCAUGCUUCUCCAUAAUUUUUUUUUAUUUUCCGGGUGAAGAUGAUCUGGAAUCGAACUCAUGUCAUACCUACAUAGAUCGGACAUUUUUCAGGACCUAUUAGAUUCGCGUUAAAUUUUUGAAAAAAAAACGCCUUAUUUGAAUCAAAUUUCUGGCUACCGGUGCCCUAAAUUUACAUAAAUUCAGCAUCAAUCAAUGCUUACGUGCUUUGGCCCAAUGCCACUGUAGUGCGCACAUAGUGCUAAAAAGCAUUAAAGCAAACUUAAGUGAUGCCAAUUUAAUGCUCAGAAAAUAUGGCAUUUGUCAUUCUGAUUUAGAGCUAUGUUGCAUUUCAAAGGCAUUGUGCAAAGCUGAUAAAAUGCUAGUUUUAUUCUAAAAGAGUGGUAUAAAUAAUUCUAAUAUGAUGCUGCAUAGCAUUCGAAGGGCUGUUAUAAUGCAAAAUUACACUCGAUGUGUGGAUAUAGUGUAAUUUAGCACUUGAAUGCUGGUAUUAAGCUAUAAAAAUGCAAAGCUUUAGUGCUUAUGGUUACUUGUGAAUUAUUCCAGCUGGUUAUACCAAUCAUCAAAGCGUAGUCGAUUUUUUUCGCAUUUUACUAUAAAUAUAAUAGACUCAACUACAAACUGAUGAUUCACUUGACGCAAUCAACUAUGAAUAUUAUGGAUUCAACUGUAAUUGAUUCAACUGUAAUUGAUUCAACUGUAAAUAUGAUAGAUUCUACUACAUUGUAUGAUUUAUAUUGGGCAUCAGGCUAUAAAUAUAAUAGAUUCAACUAUACAUUCCUGGUUAAUCUCUCACAUUCAACUAUAAAUUUGAUAGAUUCAAUUUUAAUGGAAUAAAUUAUACCGUUUAAUUGAUUCAACUGCAAAUAUAAUUAAUUCAUCUACAACUGUAUGAUUGAUUUUAGAUAUUCAACAAUAAAUAUAGUAAAUUAAACUAUAUUUUUAUGAUUGAUUGAAUAAUAUAGUGUUUAUCCGUGUUCAUCAGCAAAAAUAAGAAAAAUCGUAAAUGUGAGACCAAUACGUGUUCUCUGCAGCUAUCAUGGUGCUGUUUUUAGAGCUCAGCCGACAGUUUCUGACAUCGGUGGCAAAGCACAAACGCUCUCCGGCGAUGUGGAAACAUUUUCCUCCAACAGUUCUUGGCGGCGGUCGUGUAGUAGGCCGACAGUUCCUGGAGUUAGGAAAGGUACACCUACUCUUGCUGCCCGCGAAAUCGACAUGAGUCUCGACGUUCCUUUACGAGAUCAUGACAGGAUCUUACAGGAAAUAGUACUUGUAUGCAGGCUUGCCAUUUCUCUAACGAGAAUCACCGACGUGCUCGGUAUUCGAUUCUCGGUAGAGAUUCUCUGAAACGCACCGCAGAGAUUUUUAGCCGAACCUCUGUAGAGAAUCUGUAAAUCAACACGACAAAGCGAACACACACUACAGUGACAAAAUUUUUUUCACCACGGAGAGCGACAGCGACGGCAACUGGCUUGGCGUUGCGUUUACCAACACAUACGAAUCUGAUCCACUCGCCCGAAACCAGGACCCUGCAACGCUACACGAUUUGUCUAUGUAUCGUGUGACCAACAUCUUUUGAGUAAGUCUUGGUGAAUCUCGUUUUUAAGCUUUUUUUCUUUAGAUUUAAGCUUUUUUUGCCUUGAGAGCAUAGGAGAUGAAAGCUCAAAUCUGAAGAAAAAAGCUUAAAUCUGUCAAAAAAGGGGAAAUCUGAGGGGAAAUCUGAGAGAUGUGCUUCAUACGGUUUGAAUAGCGUUGCCGCCGUCUGCCCGAAACAUUCAUCGUUUGUUGAUGGUAUUAUUAUGCACACCAUCGUGUUUUUUUUGUCUUUACUUUUUCGUGGCUUGAACUAGUCGGUUCUGUGUUUUCACCGGGGUGCUCUACGGCAGGGGUGCCAGGUGGUUUUGAUAAAAAUCAGGACACCGCAAUGAUAAAAAUCAGGAUUUUUCAGGACACCACACGCUCUUUUUUUUUAACUCAAAAUUAAGUAUGACCGAGGUUCAAAACAUAGUUCGAUUCUAUGAACUUAAAGUUAAGUACCCUUUUUUCCUCCUUGCGAUGGAUCAAAACGGAGCUCGAACUGCGAACUCAAAAUUGAUCCUUUUUUUUUUCCUUCGGCGAGGGAUCAAAGCUGAGUUCGAACUUAUGAACUAAAAAUUGAACUCUCUUUGUUGGACUGAAAACACUUAGCGAGUUCAGUCCGAACCGGAACAGCAACCAACGAACACGUCGCAAAAUUAUGUCGUUCCGGAACAAUUACCGGAAGACUAUGAAGCAACUUCAUAAUGAAAUGCAUGGUCACCGUGUCAGCGUAAAAUUUUGUCCGUCAUUGUCAUCAUAUGGUGAGCGGCUUGGAAUGUCCGGAAACUUCCGGAUGUUGUUUACUUCCCGUGGGAAGUAACAUCCGGAAGUUUUCUUUGACCGGGAAUGUCAAAACUUCCACCGCUCUGUAAUUGCAAUGCAAUGUACCGGAACAGCAACAUCCGGGUACAACAAAUUUUAAUCAUCCUUUAAUUUCCUGAAAAUCAGCUACCCUCGAAAAAAGGAUAAAUCCGAGUUCGGCUGCCGAACUUAGUAUUGAGUAUGCCUAUCAGAACUUAGUUUUGCUAUUGCCCAGUCAAACUCAAAGUUGAGGGAAGCCACCGAAGUGCUGUUUUGAACCAAAAAUACUUAAUUUUGAGUUUAAAAAGAAGAGCGUGCACUAAAUUGAUGAAAAUAACAUGCAGCUCUGCUUAGAUUGCAUAACUUAAGGCGAAAUACAGGUGCUGAAGACGCCUAAAGUUAUGCAACUACAGCGAGAAAAACCUUGGAUAACCUGAAGAUAACAUCGAAAAACACUAUUUAAAUAUCAUUUGAAUCAAAGAUUGUCAUCGAUUAAACUAGUUUAACUAUUUUGUAGAAGAUUUGUUUGAUUUUCUCACCAUUUAACAACAAAUUUAGUUAAAGUUUAGAUAUUUUUCAAAAAUCAGGACAAAUCAGGACAUUUUUAACGUCAUUUUUCAAAAAUCAGGACAAUUCAAGCGUUUUUGAAAAAUCAGGACGGCCUCUCAAAAAUCAGGACGAAUCCUGAAAAAUCAGGACACCUGACACCCCUGCUCUACGGUGACAAAUUGUCGCACGCCGGAGCUAUUGAAAUCAGGUGUGUGUGGCAUCCGAAACCGGGGUGCGAAUAAUGUGUGGAGAGGAACACAAAAUCUCAUCCGAGUGAUUUGCAGCUAUCGCACGGGGGUGUUUUAUUCUCCGAUCUCCGUUUUUCUCGGUAGAGAAUGGCAUCUCUGCUAGUAGGUCAGUAAAGUCGGUAAAGCAAAUGAUAAAUUGAUGUCAUGAUAUUGAAUGAAUUUCCCCCCCCACACGGUCAAUCUUUGCUGGGUGCAGGACGUCUUCCGGGACCGAGACGCACAAUUUGCUGGGCAAUCAUGCGUCAGGAUGCACAAAGAACAAUAGCAGAGGAACCAGGACGGGUAUGUCGGGAUUUCAGGACGGCUAUUCUAGCAUCGUGGCGGCAAUAUAAACAGAAUUUAAAUUCACAAAUUUAAAGUUGACCUCAUGGAAUCAAUCAUAAAAAUAAAUUUAUAUGAAUCCAUCAUAUUUAUAAUUAAAUCAAUCAUAUUAUCAUAGUUUAAUCUAUCAUAUUUAUAAUUAAAUCAAUCAUAUUAUUAUAAUUGAAUCCAUCAUAUUUUCAAUGAAAUCAAUCAUAUUAUUAUUGUUGAAUCUACUAUAAUUAUUGUUGAAUGUAUGAUCAAUCCAUUACAGUUGAAUCUAUUAUUUUUAUAGUUGAUCGCACAAAAUCAAUCAUUCAAUCAUGGUUGAAUGUACGAAUUCAAUCAGGUUGUCUGUUUUAUGUAUUCAUGAAAUUUCGAUAAUUAUAGUAAGUCGAGAAGCAAUCAGAUAUAUCAUUGAAUAUAAGUGGAUUAUCGUUGGAAAUACCAUACUUUUUUCUCCUGAUAAGAACGAUUGAAAAUGAGCAGUAAAACACAAUUUAGGAGCGAAUUUUGUAUUUGUUCACGUUUAUGCUAUCCAUAGUAUUAUUUAACAGUAAAUCAAUGAAACAUUAGAUUCCAGUCAAUUGUAAGUCAGUGAUCCAAAUUCUAAUAGAAGACAGCUCAUUAGACAAAGUCGAUUUGGGGUCAUUUUUGAAUGUCUCAUAUCCUUGGGAAUAAAAAGAUUCGAAUUUGUUUUCGAAAUUACCCAUUAUUUUUUAGAGUUUUUAAGUAACAUUUACAUGAGUGAAUUUGAACAAUUAGUAUUGUAUGGGGAAAUUGAAUAUGUUGUACUGAAAAAUCAACAUCAUUUUUGUUUCUUCUGUGGUAUUGAGGCUGGUCUUGGUUCAUGACUAUAAAUUAAGUUCCAUUCUUCUAUAAAAAAAAUCCACAUAUUCUUAUUCUGUUAUAAUUUUUGAAACUUAAAUCUUCAAAUUCAAAUCCAAAAUUUUGAUAUUCGAAGGUUCAUCAAACCGUGAUAAACAAACCUAUAAAUAUACCACAAAAGUGCUGACCCAUUACGAUUUCAACGCCACAAUAAUUUGAGGAAGUUGAUGCAAAUUCAUGCUUUGUACGAAAAAAAUAGAUCUUCUUAAAUCUAUUGAUGUGCUGAUGCUUUAAGCAUUUUACGAAUGCAUUUUCAUCUGGUAAGCAUUUUCCACUUUUUUACCAGAAAAAUAACAUUUUAUUUUUGAAACGGAAGGAUAUGCUUUUUAAAUUUUAUAAAUGAUGUUCUAGCAUUUAUUAUAAUAAGUUUCUGAAAAUAUUUUAUUGGUUUAUUUCGUUUAUUUUUCAUUAAAUGGAAAACAUGUAUUUUAGCAUAUGGCAGUAUAUAGCUACCGUUUAAAUUUGCGAAACGCUAUGAGUUCAGAACAACCGCAAAGGAAAUCCCGAACAUUAAAAUUCCCAAACGAUCACAUCCAUUCAUGCUGCCUCACUUUAGUUUGUAUCAAUGUGUAAACAGAGUCUGAAAUUGCUCGCCUAUCUGGCGAAAAGGUCCGGAAAUCGUUCUACCACUGACUGCCAAAAGAAGCAACAUAAAACAACAGCAACAUUCUUUCUCGACAAAUAGCAACAACAACUUUUCAUUACACGAAUAUGGAACAUUGAACUGCCACCGAUGUGAACAAAAAAUGAUCAAGUUCUAGAAAAAAAUAAUGAAAUCAACAUAACAGUAACUGAAAAUGCAAGAAAUACAAACAAUCAAAGACAGUCACGCACAUGAAUAAAAACUGUGGGAUCAUACUAUUUUUUAUAUUGUUCUUAACUAAAAACCGCCGGUAGAUAAAAUAAAACAAAUCUUUUUGAACAACAUAUUGAAUUGGAAACAUAUAUAGAAAAAACAUACAACAGUAAACGCGCCAGCCAAUUUUUACAACAAAACAAAAUACGUCUAAUCAACAACCGCCCAUAAAUGGUCAAAAACAAAUGUUGAGAGUUGAAAUUGUUCAUUCAUGGUACAUUUUAACAUUGAAAAACACAAUCAAAUAUUUUUGUGUGAUUAAAACAGAAAAAAUGUAAACAUCCCCGUCUGCUGUCAGUUUUCGAUUCUUAGUAGCAAUACCCAGUUUUGUAAAUAGAUAUUUGGUCGGAUCCUUUUUGACGUUCUUAUAAAGUUCUUAAUAGUUUUCGUUGACAGCUUCGUGCAAAUCGUUUUCCCCGUUUUCGCCCACAUUUUUCUCACUGAUGCCAACAAACACGAUAAGUUUCCCGUUGUAGUGUUGUUAAUUUUCGAUCCAAGUAUCCGUUGUGCAUUACCAUUAAGAGCGUUUAGCAAAAGUAUGUAUAGUUUUAAGUAGGCGUUGAAAUAAUUGUAAAAAUGCAAAUGAAAAGGAAAACAACAGAACUAAUGCAAAAAUACACACACAAAUUUUAUCGAGAAACAAAUCGAACCGGAAGUACAGAUUGGGUGGUUAGUCGUAGCUGUCAAAAAACCAAAUAUAUUAACUGUGUAGAGGAUAAGUUAUUUGAAAUUUUUACCGAUAAGUAUAGUCGAAAUCAAACGGGAAGAAUUUUUUAUUACGAACUUAUGCAUAAAAAUUUAGAUAUAUUAUUGCUAUACUGAAAGAAUUGAUGAUAAACAUAAAUAAACGCAACUAUUUAUAAUCGAA